AUGCGGGAGCCACUCUCUCCACAGGAGCUUCGCGAUGGUUUGCCCGGCGCUGGAGGCGUGCUGCUGGUGCUGGAGGUUCUUCGGCUACUGAGGGUACUGCUGUCGAGGGUCACAGAGGUGCUCGUACUGGGAGUACUGCAGCUGCUGGGCCUGCGGGUUCGACUGGAGCUGGUGCUGCUGAGGGUGUUGGAGCUGAGACUACUACUGGCGGUCCUGCUGCGAGUACUCCUGGUACUACUCGAGGUUCUGGCGCUACUGGAGGUGCAGCUGGAGCGGGUGCUCCUGCUGGGGGUGCUGGUGCUGUACCUGCUGUGUCUGGUGCGCUGCGCGGCCUCGACACCUGCGUCUCGCCCUGCGUCGCCUGUCCGUGCUGCUCGCGCUAGUGAUCGUGGUUCGCGUCAGCGUCCUCCUCCUGUCCCUGGCACGCACCGGAUGUCUCUGCGUCCCUCCACUGCUCCUCUACGUGCCCCUUUGCCUUGUCCUCCUGCGUCCUCUCUUCCUGCUUUUGCCGACCCGGAGUCGGACUCUCUUCCAGUCCUACUGGGUGAGUGUGCCCUUGGCACGGACGUCCUUGAGGACAGGCAGGAGGAGUUCCAGUGCUUGGCAGCUGCUUCACCUCAUCUCGUGUCCGUACUACUUACCCCUGAGGGAGACCCGGAUGCACUUGACAUCCCGACUCCGCGCUCUUACGCGGAGGCGAUAGAGGGUCCCUACUCCUCUCAGUGGCAGGCAGCUAUGGACGCAGAGAUGGCUUCCUCGAAGUCCACAGGCACCUACGUUGACGAGGUUCCCCCGCCUGGGGCGAACAUCGUCUGUGGUAUGUGGAUUUUCUAG